GCAUGGUGUGCUGUGUCCACAUCCGGGAUCCGAACCAGUGAACCCCGGGCUCCCAAAGCGGAACAUGCGAACUUAACUGCUGCGCCACCGGGCUAGCCCUGUUGUUGAAAUUUCAAUGCAAGCUGCUUCCAAACAGACCUUUUAAGGGCCGUGGUCCUUUCCCAAGUGAGUUAUUCAUGUGGACAAGAGAGUCAGGAGUGUGAUAAGCAGCAGUUAGUUGACUGGACUGAGAGAGAGAUGAUAAUGGGAUUACAGAAUGGGUGGGCAGGGGCAGGGGCAGCCGGUGAGUAUCCCAGGGGUCUGCUAAGUAGAGAGAGAGGUGCGAGUGAGCUUGGGAAGAAAAGCAGUGGGAGAUGUGGUCCCCAGCCCAGACCUUACCAUCUAGUUGGGGAAAUGGAACAAAUACACACAACAUGAGGAGUUCAAAGCAGCAAACUAAGAGCUGAAGUAGGUAAGGGGAGAUCAGAAGGAGGGGUAUAUUGUGUGUGUGUGACAGAGAGAGGGUUACCAGUGUUGGAAGUGGGACAAAGAAGGAAGUGGGUUAUUAAAAAGUAUGUGUUUCAAUUGGACAAAUGAGGAAGUCAAACAAUGUAUCUGUGGGCACAGAUUUCAUAUAGGCGGCUGUAAAAGGGCAAGUGCCCGGGCGGCCGCCAUCCUCACAUCCAGCCGUCCACUCCUGUCGGAGGCAGACCGGGACAGCUUGGACUUUGGAGCCAGGCGGUCCUGGGUUUGAAUCCUGACUUUGCUCCUCACUGACUGAGCUCUCGAGCUUCUGUUUCCUUUCCUGUAAAAAUGAAGAUAAACGCCGACCUCGAAGGGCUCUUGGAAGGAUUAGAGAUGGUGCAUAUGAAAUACCUGGGACGUGGUGAAUGAUCAGUAAAUGAUAGCUGUGAUUUUUCACUCAUUUAUUGAGGUAGCUGUUGGGGAUACAGAGACGAAUAAGUCACCGUCCACAGCCCCUCCCUCAAGGAGCUCACAGUUUAGUGGGAGAGGCAGACUUAAGAACAGCCAAUUACCGUGCAGGUGGGAGCAGCUCUGACAAACCUGCACAGCAAGUGGAAGUGCCAGUGGGGAGAGUACAUCUGCCUUGCAGGGACGAGGGAGGGAGGGAGUCAGGAGAGGCCUUGCUGAGCUCUAAGGGAUGACUGAGUGGGCCAGGCGGAAAGUGGGAGGAAGGGCUCUCCAGGUUGAAGAAACAGCAUGGGCAAAGACAGAGUCUUGAAAACAUAAGGUCUCCACUGCUGAUGAAGUUGUGACCAAAGGCAUCCACCCCCUGGCAGCCACCUGGGGCUGCAGCCAUAGCCCACAUUCCCAUGCUCUGCCUCUGCUUGCUCUGGGACUGGCUCUGUGCAGCCUCCAGGCACCACCCUGGUGAUGAACAUGAUGCUGGGACCCUAGUGUGCCCCAUGAUGCCCCCAGCCUAGCUCCUCCUCACACUUUGGCAGGAUGUUGGCCAACUCAUUGGCCAACAUUUCUACCAACGACUCUGUUACCCUGUGCCCUGACCACCGGCCCACCCACCGCCUGCACAUGGUGGGCUACAGCCUGGUGCUGGCCGCAGGGCUCCCCCUCAACGCGCUGGCCCUCUGGGUCUUCCUGCGCGCGCUGCGCGUGCAUUCCGUGGUAAGCGUGUACAUGUGCAACCUGGCAGCCAGUGACCUGCUUUUCACCCUCUCGCUGCCCGUGCGCCUCUCCUACUACGCGCUGCACUACUGGCCCUCCUCGGACUUCCUGUGCCAGACAGCGGGCGCCAUCUUCCAGAUAAACAUGUACGGCAGCUGCAUCUUCCUGACACUCAUCAACGUGGACCGCUAUGUCGCCAUCGUGCACCCGCUGCGGCUGCGCCACCUGCGGCGGCCCCGCGUGGCACGGCUGUUCUGCCUCGGCGUGUGGGCGCUCAUCCUGGUGUUCGCCGUGCCCAUCAUCCUCGUGCACAGGCCGUCGACCUGCAGCUACCGUGGCCGCCCGGUGCGCCUGUGCUUCGAGAGCUUCAGCGACAAGCUGUGGAAGAGCAGGCUGCUGCCGCUCGUGCUGCUGGCGGAGGCGCUGGGCUUCCUGCUGCCCCUAGUGGCGGUGGUCUACUCGUCGGGCCGGGUCUUCUGGACCCUGGCGCGGUUCGACGCCACGCAGAGCCAUCGGCGGCGGAAGACCGUGCGCCUCCUGCUGGCUAACCUCGUCAUCUUCCUGCUGUGCUUCGUGCCCUACAACGCCACGCUGGCAGUCUACGGGCUGCUGCGGAGCAACCUGGUGGUGGCGAGCACCGCGGCCCGCGAUCAGGUGCGCUCGGUGCUGAUGGUGAUGGUGCUGUUGGCCAGCGCCAACUGCGUGUUGGACCCGCUGGUGUACUACUUCAGCGCCGACGGUUUCCGCAACACCCUGCGCGGCCUGGGCACUCCGCUCAGGGCCAGGACCUUGGCCACCAACGGUGCUCAGGGGACACUCGCUGAACGGCCCACUGAGACCAUCCGCACCACUGGGCCGCUCGCCGCCAGUCAGGAGCUGCUCAGGCCCUUCAACCCCGGGAGGCCCUUUACCCAGCGCCCGGAAGAUUCGGCCCUCUGAACGCACAGAUCCUGCUAUGGCGCAGUCACCUGACAUCCCUACCCAAUCGCACCUCUCACACGUGCAGACUUUCAGCGUGUGCACGUGAGGGAGGUGGAUUGGGCAUUUGGAUUUCUGGGUGGCAGCUACAGCUCAUAAAUGCAGAAGAGAACAGCGUGUGGGAGCAAGGAGCACAGGGAAGGAAGGGUGCUGGUGGAAAUGUCUUCUUUAAAUUGGUGGUGAUAGUGACCAUGGGGAGGAUCCCAUCCCAGUAGGUAGGAGGUGAUGCUGUGAGCCUGCCAACGCAGAGGCAGAAGACUGGAUGAAAUGCCCUUGAGGGGUCAUGAAGCACUACUGAGAGCUGGUAGAUGGAGCAGAAAAUGUGUAAUCUGGAUUUAGGUGGACCACAGCGGACUUAUCGCCAUGGAUCCCGCCCACUUUCAUUCCCGCUUGGGCUUCCCCUGCCCAGUAUUAAGGCGUAAUACAAGAGUUUAAUGGAUAUGGACAAAAUUUGUUUCCUUCUUGUUUAGUGACUUGUAACAAUUUAGACCUGACACCCAGCAUGGAGUGGUUGGGGGCUGGGCAAAACUGAGUUACAGGGUUUUUCCUUUCAGAGAUCGUGGUCCCUGUUCUCCUUUCUGGGUGGUCCCUUCUCCUUCCACCCCACCCCCUUUUUGAGACCUCCAUUCUAGGUCCUAAAUUCUCUGUCUCUGCUGCUUCAUCUAGAAUAAGGGGAAAAUUCUUUGUACUAAAGUAGCAGUUCUCAAGCUUUUUGAUCUCAGACCAUUUUACACUCUUAAAAAUUGAGGAUUCCAGGGGCCAGCCUGGUGGCGCUGAAGUUAAGUUCGCAAGUUCCGCUUUGGCGGCCCGGAGUUCACCAGUUCAGAU